CGCCCGGCGGCCGCGGGAGCUGCAGCCGCCAGCGUGCGGCAUUCGCCGGUCGCCCGCCCGGGCCGGUCCUGCAGCCGCUACUGUCCUGCGCAUCAUUUGCUUUUCACUAUAUUUUUUUGCAUACAUUUAUUUUUCUAUUCCACUUAGUCCUUUUUAAAGCGGCGGAGGCAAAGGCGACCGCGGCGACAGCGGCGUGCGCGCGAGGCGGGGAGGGGCGGCCGGAGGAUGCGGCUUGGGACUGCGCUCGCGACGCCCGCCUCUGCUGCCCGGCUCCGGCCGGGACGCCGAGCAGGAUCCCAAGUGAUGGUGAUUUAUGCGGAGCACAGGCUGAGCCCUGCAGGACUGGUUAGCACGGCGGAGCUGCUCGCCACACCUGCUGGAGGGCGGGCGUGAACCCCAGGACCUCGACGUCGAACCCAAGAGGAAGCAUGUCUAAAAAAGGCCGGACCAAGGGCGAGAAGCCCGAGAUGGAGACGGACCCGGUACAGAUGGCCAAUGAGGAGCUACGGGCCAAGCUGACCAGCAUUCAGAUCGAGUUCCAGCAGGAAAAGAGCAAGGUGGGCAAGCUGCGUGAGCGGUUGCAGGAGGCCAAGCUAGAGCGCGAGCAGGAGCAGCGGCGGCACACGGCCUACAUCUCGGAGCUCAAGGCCAAGCUGCACGAGGAGAAGACCAAGGAGCUACAGGCGCUGCGCGAGGCUCUCAUCCGGCAGCACGAGCAAGAGGCGGCGCGCACCGCCAAGAUCAAGGAGGGCGAGCUGCAGCGGCUGCAGGCCACGCUGAACGUGCUGCGCGACGGCGCCGCGGACAAGGUCAAGACCGCGCUGCUGGCGGAGGCGCGCGAGGAGGCGCGCAGGACCUUUGACGGCGAGCGCCUGCGCCUGCAGCAGGACAUCCUGGAGCUCAAAGCGGCGCGCAAACAGGCUGAGGAGGCGCUCAGCAACUGCAUGCAGGCCGACAAGGCCAAGGCCGCCGACCUGCGCGCUGCCUACCAGGCGCACCAGGAUGAGGUGCACCGCAUCAAGCGCGAGUGUGAGCGUGACAUCCGCAGGCUGAUGGAUGAGAUCAAAGGGAAGGACCGGGUGAUUCUGGCCCUGGAGAAGGAGCUGGGUGUGCAGGCCGGGCAGACCCAGCGGCUGCUUCUGCAGAAAGAGGCUUUGGAUGAGCAGCUGGUCCAGGUCAAGGAGGCUGAGCGGCACCACAGCAGCCCGAAGAGGGAGCUGCCGCCGGGCAUCGGGGACAUGGCAGAGCUCAUGGGCGCCCAGGAUCAGCAUAUGGAUGAGCGGGAUGCGAGGCGAUUUCAACUAAAAAUUGCCGAGCUGAAUUCAGUGAUCCGGAAGCUGGAAGACAGAAAUACCCUGUUGGCAGAUGAGAGGAACGAGCUGCUGAAGCGCACUCGUGAGACCGAGGUGCAGCUGAAGCCGCUGGUGGAGAAAAACAAGCGGAUGAACAAGAAGAACGAGGACCUGCUGCAGAGCAUCCAGCGGAUGGAGGAGAAGCUCAAGAACCUCACACGGGAGAACGUGGAGAUGAAGGAGAAGCUCUCGGCCCAGGCCUCUCUGAAGCGCCACACGUCCCUAACCGACCUCAGCCUUACCAGGGACGAGCAGGAGAUCGAGUUCCUGAGACUGCAGGUGCUGGAGCAGCAGCACGUCAUCGACGACCUCUCGCUGGAGAGAGAACGGCUGUUGCGCUCCAAGAGGCAUCGAGGGAAAAGCCUGAAGCCUCCCAAGAAGCAUGUUGUGGAGACAUUUUUUGGAUUUGAUGAGGAGUCUGUGGACUCGGAGACGUUGUCGGAGACAUCCUACAACACAGACAGGACCGACAGGACCCCGGCCACCCCCGAGGAGGACCUGGACGACACCGCAACCAGAGAAGAGGCCGACCUGAGGUUCUGCCAGCUGACCCGGGAGUACCAGGCCCUGCAGCGGGCCUAUGCCCUGCUUCAGGAGCAGGUCGGGGGGACGCUGGACGCCGAGAGGGAGGCCCGGACCCGGGAGCAGCUGCAGGCAGAUCUGCUGAGGUGUCAGGCCAAAAUCGAGGACUUGGAGAAGUUGCUGGCUGAGAAGGGACAGGAUUCCACGUGGGUGGAAGAGAAGCAGCUGCUCAUCAGAACAAACCAAGACCUGCUGGAGAAGAUUUACAGGCUGGAGAUGGAAGAGAACCAGCUGAAGAGUGAAAUGCAAGACGCGAAGGAUCAGAACGAGCUGUUAGAAUUCAGAGUGCUAGAACUCGAAGAGAGAGAGCGGAGGUCGCCAGCCUUUAACCUCCAAAUCACCACCUUUCCCGAGAACAACAGCAGCGCCCUCCAGCUGUUCUGUCACCAGGAAGGAGUGAAGGAUGUGAAUAUUUCUGAACUUAUGAAGAAAUUAGAUAUCCUUGGCGAUAACGGGAAUUUGAGAAAUGAAGAACAGGUUGCAAUAAUCCAAGCUGGAACUGUGCUUGCCCUGUGUGAAAAGGUAGAGCCCAGCAGCAUUUCCGUGCACACGCCUGUCCCAGCACCCUAGCACCAUACAAGAAACUGUACAUUGGUGUCGCGCUUGGUGGGGAGCAUGCCAGGGGUCUGUCUGCGUCUGCAUGUGCUCAGGCAUGCCUCUUCAUGUGCUGGUGUAGAAACGGCAGGGCUGCAGGAGGAGACACAGGCCUUGGCGAGGAAAUAAUCCUGGCGUGCAGUAUAUUUCUUCCCAGGUUUUCCCACGCCCAUUUUUCUGUGCUCAGUUGAAAUCAUACUUGAGCAUCCUACUUUCUAAAUUUAUUUAUUUAUUUAUUUUGGUACUGGGGAUUAAACUCAGGACCUUGCGCUUGCCAGGCGGGCGCUUGUGCCGCUGAGCUGUCUCCCCAGCCCAGUCCUACUUCCUUUUUAUCCUGCGGUAUCAGCCAUUUAGAAUGGCUCCCAAGCAUAUGUCCUAACAGCUCUGCAUCAUCUGAUCAUGUAGUUACACUGCUUAAUCAGCCUCAACAGUUAGGUGUCUGGGGCAUUUCCACUCUUUUCCUACUUGUGGGUCAUGCACACAUGAACAUCUUUGCACACAAACUUCUGAGAACGCCUCUCCAGGAGAGGUUGUAGAAGUGGAACCACUGGGCCGGAUGGUAAGAACGUUCCCAAGGGCGCUGGUGUUGGCAAAUAGUUUCCAGAACAGUGGCUCUAGUUCCCUUUCUACCUGCAGUGUUGGCUACCAUGUUGCUGACCUCCUGUCCCACACACUAACUCAGCUUGGUCCGUUGAACAGGUAGAAAACUGUAGGACGUCAUUGUUUUCAUUUUCAUUUGAGUGUCACUGAAUUUUUUUUGAUGCGUAUUAUCUGUUUUGUUCUGUGUUGUUGAAAUUGAAUUUCUUUUGAGGAUUUUCUACUGGGCUGGUCCAUUUACCCGUCCGUCCGUCCGUCCGUCCGUCCAUCCAUCCAUCCAUCCAUCCAUCCAUCCAACAAA